GCCCUCAACAUCGCACGCAGCACAUUGUUUGUUCAACAUCACAAGCUUUCCCUGCGCCGCCCGCUUUAAGGAUAGCCGCGUCUGCCUUUUUAUCAACGGAUUUAGCCCGAGGCAUACCACAAAGCCGAGUCAAAAGCUCGAUUCCAGCUUUCGGGUUGCCAUUCAUUUUCCACUCGUUUGAGUUGCUAAGGAUGCAGUCCGUUUGAACCGUGCAUCAGCUACCCCUCUCUUUCAGACGCCGCCGCUUCGUCGACAAAGCCACUACUACCACCCUCUUGAGGGCAUUUGACGCCACGGCGACCCCCACUUUCGCCCGCAGCCCUCGCCUUCUUGACAGCGCCAAUCUCGCUGGGCUUCGGGGUCUGCGGCAGCCUGCGAGGAACAGAGCCACCGGGUUGCUUCUUUUUCUGACAGCCCCUCUUCCGGAAUUCACAGUGACCAUGCCCACAAGGAAGCGCAAGAUGGACGCCAGCGAGCAAAAGUACUACGCUGUUCGCGUCGGCUUCAAACCCGGUGUCUACACCAACUGGACCAUUUGCCAGCAGCAGAUCACUGGCUUCAAAGGCGCCCAAUUCAAGUCUUUCCUCACUUACGAAGAUGCGUCUGCCUUUGCCGCCGGCCGCGAACCCGCCUCUGCGAAAGAUGACGCCAAACCACCCCGAUUCUACGGCGUCGCCGUGGGACGCAAGCCCGGUGUGUACACGGAGUGGUCCGCAGCACAGGAGGCAAUAAUAGGCUGGAAAGGGCCCAAAUUCAAGAAGUUUGAGACGCGGGCGGAAGCCGAGGCUUUCGUCCGUUCAUUCAGCGGCAUGGCCAAAGCAAUAGCGCCGACCGUGACCGGUUCAGAUCAGGACGAAGCCGAUGGGAUCGAGGAGCCCGUCGCCAAGAAAAGGAAAACGGUCAGGAAUGCGACCAAGGCAUCGCAGAGCCUUGUCAUUGUUUACACGGACGGGAGCAGUUUGGGCAAUGGUAGGGUGGGCGCAACCGCCGGUGUUGGGGUCUACUUUGGGGAUAAUGAUCCUAGAAACGUCUCGGAGCGCCUGGAUGGCGAAACGCAAACCAAUCAACGUGCCGAGCUCACAGCUAUCCUCCGCGCCCUCGAGAUCAUCGACCUCCAGCAAGACCUCGAGAUCCGCACCGACAGCAAGUAUUCGAUCCAGUGCGUCACCGAGUGGUACAUCAACUGGGAGCGGAACGGCUGGAAGACACGCAAUGGCCCCGUCAAGAACCAAGACCUUGUCCAGUUAGUGCGGGACAGGCUCGACGCGAGGGAGGCCAAGGGUGGGCGCACCCAGUUCAUCUGGGUCAAGGGCCAUGAUACAGACCAGGGUAAUAUCGCCGCCGAUCAGCUGGCGGUUGCGGGCGCGCGUAUGUGAUACCCUUUUUAUACUGCAGCGGGGAGUUCUUUCGGGGUGGAGUUGGCGUACAUCUCUGGACUGACACAUCACCCAUUCAUGGAUUGCAUUUUACCGGGAGCGUUCUCUUAAUCCCCAGGUGGCGGAUUCCCGGCCGGUGGUUUGCUUGUCUUUACUACACACUACUUGCUAUUGUGAUGCCUCGUACGUGGUGGGCAGAUGAGUUAUUUAUUUCUGUACUACCUAUGACUGGCCAUCUCGGCGGGACAUGUGCCUUCGGGUCUUGGGACUCUAUUGUACCUUACUGUUUAUUAACCCAUUGUUCUUGCCGCGGACGUCCGGGGCUCGAAAUCGUUGUUGUGUGUCUCCUUGUAACCCUAACUAACUUGGUCGAUCAACCAACUUCAACUUGCUCUGAGACCGUCAUCAUUCACGAC